GAGAAGAGGACUUCAAAGCUGGGAAGAAUGACUUCUUGCAGCGGCAGCGGCUGUGGGUCCACACAGGUGCAGGCUGCUCCUGAGGGCGGCCACCAGCGCUACGGAGUCCGGUCCUACCUGCACCAGUUUUACGAAGACUGCACGGCCUCCAUCUGGGAGUACGAGGAUGACUUCCAGAUCCAGAGGUCACCCAGCCCGUGGAGCUCUGUAUUCUGGAAGGUCGGACUCAUCUCGGGCACAGUCUUCGUGAUUCUCGGACUGACUGUUCUGGCAGUGGGCUUCCUUGUGCCCCCCAAGAUCGAGGCGUUUGGCGAAGCCGACUUCGUGGUGGUCGACCGGCACGCCGUGCAGUUCAACGGCGCCCUCGACCUGUGCAAGCUGGCGGGGGCCGUGCUCUUCUGCAUCGGGGGCACGUCCAUGGCGGGGUGCCUGCUCAUGUCGGUGUUCGCCAAAAGCUACUCCAAAGAAGAAAAAGUGCUUCAGCAAAAGUUUAAAGAGCGAAUCGCCGACCUCAAGGCCCACACCCAACCCAUCACCAAGGCACCGGGCCCAGGGGAAACCAAGAUUCCAGUCACUCUGUCCAGGGUUCAAAAUGUCCAGCCUCUCUCCGCCACCUGACACCCUCCCCGCCCUUCCCCCUCUCUGAGUCACACACAUUGUUCAGAGGCGUUGGCCAGCUUCCCUGGUGAAGGA